AUGGCAAGCCAAAGUAUGGUACCAUCUCGAUUCAAGCAGAGAAGCACGAUUGCAUGCAAGAAACCACGGCGAUCGAAGAUUGACGACACCACCUUGGAGAAGUUCCAACAAGUGUCACUCAUCCCCCACAGCAAGCGACGAACACAAAGGCAGCUUGCAGUCAACUUAAAGAUAUCGCGAUCAACCACAAAAAGACGUCUCAAGGCUGCCAAGGUCAAUCGACGAGUGAUCGGUACACGCCCAGUGCUCACGGAGAAGCAUAUCGACAAGCGGUUGAAACACUUCCUUGCGUACUCUUCCUUCAAAGAAGGGAAUGCUGUAUACGACAGCUUGUACGACCAUGUCUUCGUGGACGAGAAGUGGUUCACUGUGGUUGACAUCAAAGGAAAAGUUUACUUGGCACCAUGGGAAGAUCCCUUACAUCUCCAAGUCAAGAACAAAAGAUUCGUCCCCAAGGUCAUGUUUCUUGUUGCAGUUGCGCGCCCCAGGCUUGUUGACGGUGUUUUCUUCGACGGCAAGAUUGGAGCGUGGCCGUUCUUAGAGACAGUUGAGGCCAAGAAGACAACGCGCAAUCGGCCUGCUGGAACCCUCAUGACUGUUGGUGUGGCAGCAAACAUCAAGUCCUACAAGAAGCUAUUCAUUAUAAUGUCAAAGGUGCAAAUUAUCGUAGCUGAAGUGUAUGGACGGCUUAUGUCGUAUCCACAAAAUCCGCAUGCGUUGUAA